CAGCACCAUGCCUUCCAACACGAACAACCUCAGCACCAGCCUGCACGAUGCCGCGGACGAGAUCCCCCCCGGUGACUACAAGAAGGUUGCGGCGUUUUACUUUUGCUUCAACGCCGGUCUUGUCUGCUUCUUCGCCAUCUGCUACUCUGUCAUGUUCGCCUCGCUCCCCGGCAACCGCUCUGGCCCCAAGACCCAGUUUGUCGUCGGCCACGGUGUCUUCCUGAGCGACGCCACCGUCGAGAUCACUUACUCUCCCGAUAGUGACACCUUCAACGAGAACCUGCUUAAGAACUACGAGGAGCGUGUUGCCCGCUUCCUCAACCGCUCCGUCGACAACGACCUCGGCAAGCUGAACGUUGAUGUCUCCACCCUUGGCCCCUGCUCCGAUUACGCUACCGUCAUGGCUGCCGCUCGCAACUUUGAGUACUUCUGCGUCUACGCCAAGUUGAACCGCAUCUACGGCUUUGUUCCCUCUCAAGACAUUGCCACCUCCGUCGUCCUCGAGUUCCCUCCCGCUGAGCGCUUCCAGAGCGAGUACGAAGUGGCCUUUGAAGACUUUGCCACUACUUACCCCUCCACUCUGCCGGCGUCGAUGUUGCCCUUCCUCAACCGCUAUCCCUGGUCCGACGAUGUUGCCACCACCGCUCAGCCCGUCCCCUACGUGGACCCCGCCUUUGCCAUUGUCCUGAACACCUCCAUGGUGGAUGUCGCCAAGUUCAGCGAGUACAACCUCAAGCUCCGCUACGGUGCUCAGUUUGACUACGGUCAAUCUCUCCAGGACGAGGGUGAAGGUUAUGCCAAGGGUGAUUACGAGAUUCGUGCCGAGCUCUAAGUCAAGAUGCCAAGGCGUUGAACCCUUCUCCCACCUUUCUUGCCAGCACUCCCCCACACUCCGGAUCGCGACACUUGGCGCUCCCUCUUUUCCCUUUGCCUCUUCUUAUUUCAAGACUUUCCCCGGCCUCGUCGUUGGUGGCCUGUGAAAACAAUUUACUUAGGUUUCGGGCUUGUGUUAGAGCUACCCCGCUUUCUCAUCUGCUUGCCUUCGGUGCUGCUUUUUAAGAAUCGGUGGGCCUACUUUACCACCUCAAUUGAUUUUGGUUGCC